CUUCCGUCUUCGCCUUAGAUAAAUCUUUCUAUUCAUUCUUUAACACUAUGUCGAAUUUAAUGAAAGGACUUCAACUCAUAGGGUACGGCUCACCAAAACAGUCGCUCAAUUAUCGAGAAAAUAUCCUUAAACCAAAAAUCAAGUCUCCCCAUGAUGUUUUGGUCCGUGUCAUGUAUGCAGGCGUCAAUCCUAUUGAAGCAAAGUUUGCUGCUGGUAAUAUGCGAAUGGUCUCCUCUAUGCUAACCUCUUUACCUUGCAUCAUUGGUGCAGACUUUUCAGGUGUCAUCGAACAAGUCGGCGACCAAGUGACUGAGUUUAACGUUGGUGAUGAAGUCUAUGGUUCGUUACAGCUGGCCUUUAGUUUGGAUGGAACCUAUGCUGAAUAUACUGUUGUCAAUACCAAAAAAGCCUCUAUCGCUAAAAAACCAAGUCAUUUAUCAUUCGAAGAAGCCGCUGCAGCAGGAAUUGCUGUUUUAACGGCUUAUCAAGGCAUUGUUUUAUCAAGCAAGGCAGAUAACACUCGCAAACGUAACAUUUUGAUCGUAGGUGCUUCAGGUGGUGUGGGUAGCUUUGGCGUACAGAUUGCAAAAGCCAUCUAUCCAGAAAAUUAUGUCGUCGGUAUUUGUAGUAAGAAAAACACUGAGCUUGUCCACGGCUUAGGGGCCGAUAAAGUAAUCAACUAUGAUAAUCCAGAUGAAUACAAUUCAUUUAUCAACAACGCAAAGGGAACUUUCGAUAUAGUGUUCGAUUGCGUUGGCGGUGAUGAAUACUACAAACAGUUGGACCCUCUUUUGAAUAAAGCGGGCAUCUACACCACAGCAGUAGGUCCCGUUCAACAUAUCGGAUCGGAUUACGUUGGUGUUAUUGCUGGGUCGAAAAUUGCCGCGAACAUUGCUUACAAGAAAAUCUUUGGCGCACAUGCGUAUAAUAUGAUCGUUACAAUUCCUCACAAUGAUUUUAGAUCCAAAAUAGCGCCUUUGUUUGAAUCAAAGGCUAUCCAUUCGAAGGUUCCAGAAGGAAAUAUUAUACCAUUAAAAGAAGGUUACCGAGCCCACGAACAACUCGCCUCGCAUCGCACGGUCGGUAAACUUGUCUUAAAAGUGAGUGAUACGUAAAUAACUCCGUCCCUUCAAUCCAACCUUGCACGACUUUUUCAUUAUGUUAUCAAUUUUGCAAAUAUUCUUUGUUGAACUGUUUCAUUCAAGCUUUAAUAAACAAUUUUGAUGUAACCUUAUUUCGUUGGUUGACUACAACAAUAAAUAAAGAAUGAAAGCGAGGAGUGUUUUCAUACGUGAUUUGCUAACUAUUCCAUUCACGUGGAAUUCUGUCCUCUAUAACAUGUCUCAUAGUGCUCGUUAUGCUGGAGAUACAUAGACCGUGAACUAAUGUUUGGGGAAAGCUUGAAAGGCUUCCAUUCUUCUUUUACAAAUUUUUGCGGGGUC